CCACAGUUCUCCACACAUCCAAACUCCAAUAUUCCACACUUAUAAAGGAGAGAGGGAGAAAAUGAAGUGCAUUAGCGUCGUAAUCUCCCUAUUAGCUGCCAUUUUGAGUGCAGGCAUGACUCCGGUCUCCACCCAGACCCCAACGGCAUGCACAAGUUCCCUGAUUAGCAGCUUCACUCCUUGCCUAAAUUACCUCUUGGGAAGCACCAAUGGUGGCGGCACCCCGACCGCCGAGUGCUGCAAGUCUCUCGCCUCGCUCGUCAACAGCAGCACCGACUGCGCGUGCCUCAUACUGACAGGGAAUGUUCCCUUCAGCCUCCCCAUCAGCCGGACGCUCGCCAUCUCGCUUCCUCGCAUGUGUAGAUCGACGACGUCCUCCGUGCCCCUGGAAUGCAGAGGCACAGCGAUGCCACUUCCUGGUCCAGGCCCUGUCGCAUUUGCGCCUUCUCUUCCCCCUCUUCCUCCGAUGCAAUCUGAGCCACCAACAUCACCAUUGGAGCCGACAUCUCUGUCGCCAUCAUCACCAUUGGAGCCGACAUCUCUAUCACCAUCAUCGCCAUUGCAGCCAGCAUCUCCUCCGGCGGAGAUCGGGGAUGCUAACCAGGGGCAACGUCCAUUAGUGCUACCUAGCUCUGCCAUGAAGCCUUCUCAUAUCUUCUCAACAACCAUCUUACCACUGCUUGUAAUUGGAAUCAUGUUGUUCGAUAAGUUCUAAGGGGCGUAUGCGUGUGAUCAUCUGAUUCUUUUUUAUUUAUUAUGUUAGAGAAGAUUUAAAAGGUGAAGGAUUGAAAGGUCAUAAACUUAUUUGUUUAAUUGGGUUUUGCUCUUCCAAUUUAUUGAAAUAAUGUUAUUUGUUUAUCUGGUGAGAGAUUAUAUCUUCUUGUGGUUAAGAUUUUCUUCCCUUCUUAAUAUCAUUGUAAUAUUAGCACUAGUAGCGGAAGAAGAACAAUAUUUAUCAGGUCGUUGAAAUGCAUGCCCUCCACGCUUUGGAAAGAAAAGAACCAGCAAACGAAGUACGUUUCCAAGAAAGGGAAGAAAAACCAUGCUUCUACGUCGGCCUAGGUUGUCUAUUUGGGCUUUUGCAACUGCAACGGCUCCAGUGUACUAUUCGGCCUUUUAAACAAUGGUCUGGCUCGCUCUGGCAGCCCUAACUGUUGGCCAGAAAAAGAAGAGACUUGCGCCUUUUCGUGGGUUGGGUUUGUUGGAGAUAACCCUGACGAGUGUGUUUGCACGAAUCACGCGGAGGUGAGGCAGCGCCCACCGGCUUCACGGUGAGCUGACGUGUUGUCAAUUUAAAUCUGCAUGGUUUUGUUACGAGCGUUGGGACGACACGUUCGUUUGAAUGUUUUGUUACGUGCGUUGGGCACGAGGUAUAUUUUAAAUGUUAGUUGCAUGGAUUAAGGGACGACGUUGUUUUCGUCGUUUUGUUUUUA